CAACCAACCUUUUUUUCUCUUUUUAGUUUACGGAAGUUUUUUUAUUAUUAUUUACGAUCCACAGGUAAAAGCACUUUGCCCCGUUCUGUUUUUCCGCCAUAAAUGCUGUGGCGUAGGGCGGAAAAUAUAUUAUGUGAUUCACUACGUGAAAAAAGAGGACUUGUAAAUAAAUAACUGAAGAGCGUUUUAUACCUCAUGAAAUCACACCCACUUGGCCAGUGGACAGACUCGCUCCCGCAGGAAGGCGCAACAAGUGACUCUCAGCCGCCCACCGCGGAAAGUCUUUACCGAAAGGCAGAUAUUUCAGGAGAGGGGACUGAACAGAAAGGUGAAAGCAUACAGCGGAGGUAUCGCUUAGGUUUUUUGCGUCUGUAAUAACAGGUCUCCUUGAGUCAUGCUUGAGAAGCAGCCCUACGACAGCCCCCCCAUGUACAGCCCACCCUACAGCCCCCCCACCAAUGGCUUCGGCCCUUCUGGAAGUUUCCAGGACCCAAGAAGCGAACUGGACCCGUAUCCCGGAUCCCCUGGCUCUUACUAUAUUGAGGAGAAACCCCAGAACUUCCAUAAGUGGUCUUCUCCACCUAGCAUUGUGAAAAUAAUGGAGGGCGUCGUUGUGGUGCUAUGCGUGGCCAUCUUUGCCUGUGUGGCCUCCACCCUGGUCUGGGACAUGCAGUAUGGCUAUGGUGGCAUGGGCAUGGGCACGGGCAUGGGCAUGGGCAUGGGGGGCUACGGCUCUGGCUAUGGUUACGGCUCUGGGUAUUACGGAGGGGGCUAUUACAGCUCCUAUCCAUCUCCCUAUUCUGCCAAAACAAGCAUGAUUGCUAUUGCAGCCAUCAACUUCCUCAUUUCCUUGGGCAUCUUCGUGGCCAGCUUCUCCAAGACCAGCAGCCUGCGCAGCCGCAAGUUCUACCUCGUGGUGCUUAUAGCCAGCGUGAUCAUGGCCUUCCUGCAGGGUGUCAUUAACAUCGUCUACAUCGUCGGCAUCAACCCCAUGGCGCAGAGCUCACACAGCAUGAUGUACAACUCCAUGCUGAUGAUGUGCCAGAGCAUGUACGGUGCCGGUUACGGGGGGGGCAUGUCAGGGCCCGGUCUGCCAAUGUACAACCAGUACCUCUACCACUACUGCUUUGUGGACCCGCAGGAGGCUGUGGCCAUGGUGUGCGGCUUCCUUAUUGUCAUCGCUCUGGCCGUUGCUGCGUUCUUCUCCUACAAAACGCGCAGCAAGAUCUGGCGCCAUGGGAAGCCGAACAUCUACUGGGAUAAACCUCUGCUUGGAGCCCCGGAAGGCAGAGAUGUGGAGGACUGGGUGAACCACGUGGAGAGUCAGCACAGCAUCCAGGAAGCCCCCACAGUGGUUUUGUCAGAGAAGGCAGCCCCUCCGCUGAACGCAGCCAAUAGCGUCGCCUCCUACCCUGGCAAAACAGACAGUGUGUUCAGUGAGGGAACGUACAAGUACAACGACUACCCCAAGCGUCCGUCCGACCAGCCACUUCAGGGGUCGGCUCUCAGCUCCAGCCCCUCUGAGGAGGCCGGCCGGGUCCGGCGACCCGCGGCCAUGAGAGGGAAGCGCUGUCGCCGAAACCCUGAGCUGGAUGAGUCGCAGUACGAGACAGAAUAUACGACAGGUGGGGAAACCGGCACCGAGCUGGACCAGGACCACUGGCUGAGCAUCUACCCAGAAAUCGCAUCAGACGCUCAGCGACAGGAGUAUAAGAAGGAAUUCGAUUCUGAUCUGAAGACCUACAAGCAUCUAUGUGCGGAAAUUGAUGACAUCAAUGACCAGAUGAACAAAUUAAGCAGGGAACUGGACACUCUGGAUGAGGGAACCGUUAAGUACCAGGCUGUGGCAGAGGAGUAUAACCGACUGAAGGACCUGAAGCGGAUGCCGGAUUAUCAAUCCAAGAAGCUCCAGUGUCGGGAACUCCGACAUAAACUUUUCCACAUUAAGAACAUGGUAAAGAUGUAUGACAAACGGUACUCUUAGUGUUCAGAGAUCUGCCCCGGAUAUGGACAGUGAGCCCUGAAGAACAGUUGUCAGCGGUCUGUGGGGAACCCAGAGCUCCCGCAGGCCGAUGCUGACUGACCCAGAAUCCCUCACACUCCAGCUUUCGUAAGUUAAUGCAUGAUGCUUGUUGUUCCCAGUAUAUUCUACCUUAUCGGUCUGGCGGCAGAGAGCUCUGUCGAUGCCGUCCGAGGCCAUAAGUGCAUCUGGGGCCUUAUCCAUUGCUACCGUUUCUCUCAGCAAAGAUGUCAUGUUGAAACUUUUUGGGUAAACAAAUAUUGUUUUAUAUGGUUGGUAAGUAUCACUGUUAAAA